AUGAGAAUCUUUACAGUUCGUUCAGACGAAAGUCUUGAGAAAACUCUAAAUGACUUUCAAACUCAAAUGAACAAAUAUUAUUGGGAAUUUCAAGAAAAAUACGACUCUUUACUAAAUGGAACAUACUAUCUGAAACUAGAAUAUGACAAGAUGAACUCCACCGUUUCAUUUCAAAAGAUUGAAAUUAACCCUCCAAGAGAUACAGAGUUUUUAUUUUGGGGAGUAGACAAACGUUCUUGGGCACAAUUUCUUCGGUUACUAAACCAGAACGAACCAUUACCACCAGAUGGUCCAUUUAAAUUUAUACUUCCACCAGCAGAUUUGACAGUUUAUAGAAACGUGUUUGACCCUCAAAAUGUUAUGUGCCAUGCAAGUUUCAGUUCAAGCAACAAUAGUUUUCUAUGUAUUGGCAAGGACUUUUAUGACUUUGCUUCUAAAUUCUACGAACCACCUAGUAACAGUUUCUCUGACUUUCAAGUUUGGUUCACAACAAAUGGUGUGCAACAUAUUGUUCCAUUGUACUAUGACUUUUAUCUCGAAUUGUCUUUCAUAUAUAACUACGGAAAAGUGCUGAAAAAGUGA